AUGGCGGUCCUGGUCUCCCAGGCCGCAGCCCACGGAUACCUCAGUACUUUCUAUCUGAGCGGCAACAACUACGAAGGUUACAACUACUGGCAGGUUGAUAAGGCCCCCAAUGCCAUUGGCUGGUCUUUCACGACCCAAAAUGAGGGUCCUGAGAUGGACAUCUCCAGCCCCGGCUUUGUCUGCCGUCGCGGCUCGCAACCCUCCAAGAACUACGCGAAGAUUGAUGCGGGCAGCCCUAUUGAGUUCCGGUGGACCUCCGACGACAAGGUCAUCAACCCGAACGGCUGGGCUGAGAGCCACCGCGGUUCCGUCAUCACCUACAUCGCCCCUUGCAACGGCGACUGCACAAGGGUCGACAAGACCGCCCUACGCUGGACCAAGAUCCAGGAGGCCGGCCUCAUCUCCGGUCCCGCCAACACGCAGGGCAUCUGGGCGACCGACCUCCUGCGCACCUACGACGGCUGGAGCCUGGCCACCAUUCCAGCCUCCAUUGCCUCGGGCAGAUAUGUUGUUCGUCACGAACUCAUUGCCCUACACCGCGCUCACCUCAACGAGCCCGAGUUCUACAUGCAGUGCGGCAACAUUGAGGUGACCAACGGUGGCUCGGACACGCUGGCUGGAAAGGGCGUCGUUGCCUCUCAGCUGUACAGCCGCUCCGAUGCGCAGCUCUACGGCUUCACCGUCUAUGGAUCUGCCACGAGCUGGAAGACGCCUGGUCCGGCUCUGUACACUGGCGCUUGA